ACUACAUUCUGGAGGAAGUAAAAAAUGCCAGUUAUUUAGCUAUUCAGGCGGAUGAGACAACUGACAUUUCCACCCACUGCCAGUUAGUGCUUGUGCUACGCUACAUCGACCCGCAUAACAACGUCCAGGAGCGUUUUUUUUGAGUUCAUUCCUCUUCAGAAUGCGAAUGCUGACACAGUUGCCACCGCGCUGAUGGAGAGGCUGGGCACUAUCCUCCCCGAUGGACAACAGGGCAAACUAAUCGCCCAAGCCUAUGACGGUGCAGCGGUGAUGAGGGGAGCUAAAGGUGGAGUUCAGCGGAAAGUGAAGGAUGUGUACAGUAGUGCGCACUACAUCCACUGCUAUGCGCAUCAGCUGAACCUAAUUAUGCAGCAGGCAACAUCCCACAUCCCCAAGAUAAGAACAUUUUUUCAGACCUUGGUGGAUUUGCUGCAUUUUUCUCCAGGUCAUUCAAGCGAACUGCGAUCCUGGAUCAAGUGGUGGCACACAGACUUCCUGGCACUUCCACAACAAGAUGGAACUUUCACAGUCGUGCUGUUAACACUGUAUAUGAGCACAAGGAGAACAUCCUGAGGUGUUUCCAGACGAUCAGAGACUCAGGUGACUUUGAUCCCAUAACAGUGAGAGAAGCCGGGGGCUUUGUGCGAAUGAUGGAAGAUGAAGUUUUUUGCUUUUUCCUGACAUUGUUCCACAAGAUCAUGCCACAUGUAGACAUGCUGUUUAGCCAACUGCAGAAGAGGAACAUCGACUCUGUCUACAUCACAGGACUCAUCAAGAGGUUCACCAGCAGCAUACAAACAAUCAGGGACUCCAUUCCUUCUGGUGAAAGCAGUGGAUCUCAGCAGCUGCCCACAAAGAAACUGAGGGGACUUGGACAUGAAGAGCAACAGCUGUUGGCUAGAGAGGUAUGUGAUACCAUACUGAGUCACGCAAAGGAGAGAUUUUCCUUCACCAAACACCUCAUCAGCUCCACCCUCCUGCAAGGAGACCUGUUCCAGCAGCACAGCCGAACAUUCCCUGAAGCAGCGCUGGAAACAACUGUGGAGGCCUACCCUCUACUGGACAAGGCAAAGCUCAAGACGGAACUGUCCCUCGUCUAUGACAAUGACCAGUUCAGGGCUUGCAGUGGUGCUGUUACUCUGCUCCAGUUCUUCCUUGACAAUAAUCUGCAGGAGACAUUCACAGAGACUGUCAGUCUUCUGAAGGUUCUUGUAACCACACCCAUGGCUACGGCUGAGGCAGAGAGGUGCUUUUCCACUCUGAAAAGGAUAAAGACUUUCUUGAGGAACAGCAUGACACAGGAUCGCCUGAAUGCUCUGGCUAUGCUGUCAAUUGAGAAAAAACUCAUUAGGAGCAUUCCUGUCUUCAACACCAGAGUCAUUGAGAGGUUUGCCACUCAGAAGGAGAGAAGGGCAAAAUUCCUCUACAAAUAGACACACACACACACACACACACACACACACACACACACACACAAGCUCUCGCAGCAAACACAGAUGGCCGACCCUUAAAAAAAUGCGUUUCAUUAGAGAGACAAUUAAUGUUAAUGCAUAAUUAAUGCAGAAUGUUGUGAAGUUACUUUUGGAUACCUAAAAUGUUUUGUUCAACCACAAAGUCCAGGAACAUGAGUACUGUUUGGAAACCUGUUGCGUUCGACUCAUUUUCCCCAGAGGAACAGUUGUUUCUUGUUUCCUUUUGUCUUUUUUCUGCCUGUUGCACAUUUCGUUAUUCAAAGCAGUAAAAAAGGUGCUAUAGGCCAAUAAGCUGGAUAUCACUUUAUAUGUAGAGAGUAGGUUUCCCAUGGUUGUUAGAAGUUUAUUAAUAAGUGGGCAUUUAUC